GUGAAAACCGUCAGAUCACGGGUGAAGACUGACAGAAAGUUUUCGCAUAGAGUUUUCCGGGUGGAGGUAAUCUAGAUCGAGUUCUCGAAAAGUUGAGGGUGCUGGUAGAACCUGGAGAAUGGAAUUCUGGAGUCAGUCUUAUUAUCGGUGUAUGAAGUUCAUGUCGUAUACCCUGGGUGUGUGGCCUUAUCAGUCCAAUAAAGAGGCAUUUUUAUACCGAUGUCUAGCCGCAAUGGGAUUUUUUGGAACCGUCACACCUCAGUUUUUGGCUCUUCGGCAUUAUAUCAAUGAUAUGCCACUUGUCAUUGAGUCGCUCAGUGUUUUUUUGAUCGAUCUCACAUUCGUUUGUGAUGGUAUUACUUAUUUUUUGAAUUGGGAGAAGAUGAAAGCUAUUUUGAAUAAAGUUAGAGAAAAUUGGGAAACAUUUCCACCAGAUAAACAAGGCCGGGAAAUUCUUCAUCAGUAUUCCAAUCAGGGACAGACAUUAGCUGUUUUAUAUUCAGCUGGCUGUUUAACAACAGGAGUAGUCUUCACAUCAAAAUCAUUACAACUGAAAUUAGUGUACAAACUCCUGAAAAUAAACGCAACGAUUCCCCAAUUUUACAUGCCCCUGGAAUACCCCAUGAUCGACGUGGAUAAAUAUUAUUAUCUGAUCAUGAUAACAAUCGAGAUGUCCAUUAUUAUUUUAAUAAUGAUGAUAAUAUCCUACGAUCUAUUCUUUUUUCUCUGUGCCCAACACGUCUGUGGAUUAUUCGCUGCAUCAGGUUGUUACAUUCAGCACACACCAGAGGAUGACAAUGCGUACAAUCAUCUCAAGAUUUUUAUUCAAGUCCACAAUCGUGCGAUUGAAUUCACUAAAUUACUGGACAAUACAUUUCUCUGGAAUAAUAUGGUGUUGCUGGGGGUAUCGGCUAUAAAUAUUAGCAUAAUUGGACUACAGAUGGCACGUCACUUGGAUCGAAUUGGAGAAAGUGUACAAUUUGGUCUUUUCGUCUUUACAGUUCUGUCUCGUUUCUUCGUCAUAUGUUUUUUCGCUCAGAGAGUGAUUGAUCACAGUCGCAGCAUAGAGAUGAGUUUAGGAAGCCUUCAAUGGUAUAAUAUUCCUCUGAAGGCACAAAAUCUCGUGCAACUUGCCAUCCUAAGGAGUCAAACCGCAAGUACACUAGGAGCUGGUAAAACAUUGGUUCUGUCUUUUGAGUUGUUUGUUACGGCAACAAAAGCUUCAGCCUCGUACUUUACAGUUCUUCUAGCUAUGCAAUAGAAUUAAUAGAAUGAAUAGAAUCAAAUUGUCUCACCUCGACUCAAGAUUUGUUUCUUGUCAUCAGGAUUAUCGUUGUGAUUGAUUUUAAAUAAAUAAAUAGCACCCAAGGAAAAAUUGUGACAAUGAAA